AUGUUCAACGUUUUGUCAAAGAAACUUGAGACGCAAAGGAUUUCCAGUGAAGGCCAGGGAUGGGUGGAUAUGGGCGAUAGUCCAGUUUUCGGCACCGACAGUUCCAAUUACAUCACAAUUGCUCCAGUUCGAGAUGGACCAGCUGGCACGUUCCGACAUGCCGUUUCUGUGAACAUUCCGAAAAAACGCACCAUUCCACUCACCCAUGGGCGGUUUGAGGUCCAGCGGAUUCUCACAUGGGACCAUUCAAAUGAUGUGAUCUACUUUCUGGGGGUUCCCGAAGGGAAACCAGGCGAGUUACAUCUCUAUAGAGUGUCGUCCGUCCCUCCUCGGACUGGAGCGACUUUGCCACCGCCCGUCUGCAUAACCUGCGUUAAGGAGCCUCCUCCAACCUCUCCUCCUUAUCUGACGUUAGACGAGAGCAUUUAUAAGUUCAAGAAAGGAAAUUGGGAGGAUGACGACGAAGACACUGUGAUAACAACGCCGGCUCCCCGCAAGCGAAAAAAACAGAAGCAAAAGUUGAUUGAGAAAGAACCACCUUGCUUGUACCACAACGCGUGGUUUAGCUCAAAUUCGCAAUAUUUCGUAUUAGAAUGCUUGGGGCCUGGGGUCCCGACUAGUCAACUUUACAAGAACAGCAUGCCCAAACCGAAGCUGAUCAUGUGGCUGCAAAAUAACACAAAACUGAGGGAAAGAGUGAGCAGAAUGGCCAUGCCCCAAAUCAAGACCUUUCCCGUGCAGAUCUCUGGCGGCUAUCAGGCCCAUGUCAGAUUACAUUUGCCCCCCGGUCUAAGAGAGGACGAGAUAACAAGAUAUCCCCUGGUAGUGCAGGUGUAUGGCGGGCCUGGCAGCCAAUUAGUAACGGAACGGUGGAGAGUUGAUUGGAACACGUUUCUAACAGGUAACAAAGACUUCAUAAUAGCGCAAAUAGAUGGAAGAGGGUCGGGCGGACAAGGCCAUCAGCUUCUGCAUAAGGUCUACUACAAGCUUGGCUCAGUGGAAGUAGCAGAUCAAUUGGAAGUGACAGAGUACUUGAGGGACACUCAACAUUUUAUCGACCGAAGACGCGUUGCAGUCUGGGGAUGGAGUUACGGCGGUUUUGUGGCUUCUUUGGCUUUGGCAAGUCCGAAAAGCGUUUUUCAAUGUGCCAUUGCGGUUGCACCGGUCACAAAUUGGAAACUUUAUGAUUCAGCGUACACGGAACGUUACAUGGGGCUGCCGAAUGUAACCGAAAACUAUAAGGGCUACGAUGAAGCCGAUGUCAGCAAAAAGGCCGCUCAACUUAAAGAUAAAAUGUUUUAUCUGGUUCACGGUUCAGCUGACGACAAUGUGCACUUACAGCAAAGCAUGGUCCUUGUUAAGGCUUUGUCGGAUGCUGAUACGCUUUUCCGACAACAGGUUUGUGAGCGAUUUUCCUCUCAUUCAAUGGACGUAGUUAAGAUUGUCUGGUUCCCGCCAGGCCUGGAUAACACUGUGUUGAGUUGUUGCCGCUCUCUGAGUUCAUGAUGAGUUUUAACUCAUUGGUUAAUGAGUUAUAACUUAUUUAUCUUUUCUGUGGAACCUUUUCCAAGAUAAAUCUUCCAAAUAGUUGAGCAUUUUCUCCUGCUUUAACUGAUCGGUUUUUGAAAAAACUAAAAAAAAACGUAAAACGGAUAUUGGCAAAAGAUGAUCAAGAAGACCAAACUGCAAAGUCG